UAGGGGAGAAAUUUUAAGCUUCUUUCUUCCAAAGGUCGGAUUUCUGGGGACGGCGCUAGCUCCAGCGCUCUUGCGGCAUCAUCCGGGCGCUUAAAUAUCGAUCGCUCGCAAGGCAUCGCCACCGAUCCGAGCGAGAAUAGGUUCGUAAGGGUCAGUAAUCCGCUAGAUCUGUCCGUCGCGGCAGCGCCCGGCUCUAGCGAUCAUGAUCGACACCACAGACGAUAUUGCGGAGGAGAUUUCGUUCCAGUCCUUCGAGGAUGACUGCCAUCUCCUGGGAAAUCUCCUCAAUGACUGCUUGCAACGCGAGGUGGGGCACGAAUUCACCGAGAAGGUGGAGCGUCUUCGCGUCCUGGCACAGAGUGCUUGUAACAUGCGAGCUGCCGGGGUGGACGACGCAUCCGAAUGGCUUUCCAGAAAAUUGAGGGACGAGCUGGAGAACAUGAGCUCGGAGGAGGCUGUGCCUUUAACCAGAGCUUUCAGCCAUUACCUCAAUCUCAUGGGCAUAGCUGAGACUCACCACCGGGUGCGUCGCAACCGAUCCACGCCGGUGCUGUCCAAAUCCUGCGACGAUGUUUUCGAAAAGCUGAUUCAAACCGGUUAUUCUCGUGAGGAAGUGUAUGAGGCAGUGUGCAAGCAGGAGGUUGAAAUAGUUCUAACAGCGCACCCCACACAAAUCAACAGGCGUACGCUACAGUACAAGCAUGUCCGCAUUGAGCAUUUGCUGGAAAGGAAUGAUCGACCGGAUUUGACGCACGAAGAGAAAGAGCAAGUUUACGAGGAUCUGGUGAGAGAGAUUACAGCCCUGUGGCAAACAGACGAGCUAAGACGACGUAAACCGACUCCUGUGGACGAAGCUCGUGCAGGCUUGCAUAUAGUUGAGCAGUCGUUAUGGAAGUCUGUGCCGCAAUAUUUGAGACGAGUGAGCACUGCUCUCAAAAAGCACACUGGUAAACCACUGCCUCUCUGUUGCACGCCCAUAAAAUUUGGCUCCUGGAUGGGUGGCGACAGGGACGGAAACCCAAAUGUAACUGCCAAGGUGACAAAAGAUGUCUGCCUAUUAGCGAAGUGGAUUGCUGCAGAUUUAUAUCUGCGAGAACUUGAUGCUUUAAAAUUUGAACUUUCAAUGAGCAAUGGCAACGAAAAACUUAUUCGUAUGGCUUAUCAAGUUCUUUCGGAAGAGCAUGGACAGACGGAAGAACACCAUCGAAGUCAUGCAAGACACACAGAGCACCAUAAUUUUGCGCUUCCUGUUCACCUUCCAGCUGGAGCAGAUAUGUGCGCUUCUACUGAGGUCGAUGGAGAGGCUCAAUUACCGUCUUUGAAACUCCCGUUCAACCAACAAACUUAUCAGGCUCUGACGUCCAAAGAGGCCACAUCCUCCCCUAGAGCUGUGAAAACGGAGACAGAGAACGGGCUCCCUCCAACCCCCGUCACCCCAAGGAAAAAACCCGGAUCUGAAGUUCGCUCCAGCCUUGAGAAACUCUUAAAUCCAGGUUUGGAAGCUCGACAUAUGGAUUCUCCAUACCGAAUUGUUCUUGGACACGUGAGGGAUAAGAUAUUUAGCACUAGACGACGCCUCGAGGACAUACUGAAUGGUUUGCCAACCGAUUACGAACCCGGCCAGUACUACGAAUCAGCAGAUCAGCUUUUGGAGCCACUAUUGCUUUGCCACGAAUCUCUGCAAUCGUGCGGCUCCGACGUUUUAGCGGAUGGAAAGCUGGCAGAUCUGAUUAGAAGAGUGGCAACGUUUGGUUUAACGCUGAUGAAGCUGGACCUUCGUCAGGAAGCCGAUAAGCAUACAGAGGCCUUGAAUGCAGUAACUGAGUUUCUUGAAAUGGGGACUUAUAGUCAAUGGGAUGAAGAAAAGAAACUGGACUUCCUGAUAUCCGAGCUGAAAGGCAAACGACCGCUUCUUCCUCCUUCAAUUGAGGUGUCCAGAGAGGUUCAAGAAGUUUUGGAUACAUUCCGUGUAGCUGCAGAACUUGGAAGCAAUUCUCUUGAAGCGUAUGUUAUCUCCAUGGCUUCAGAGGCUAGCGACGUUCUUGCUGUGGAGUUGUUGCAAAAGGAAGCACGACUUAUUGUGAGCGGGGAGCAAGGCAGGCCUUGUCCAACCGGAUCGCUCCGGGUUGUGCCCCUCUUCGAAACCGUAAAAGAUUUAAGAGAUGCCGGUACGGUUAUCCGCAAGCUUUUACGGAUUGACUGGUAUCGAGCACACCUAAUUGCAAAUCACGAUGGACAUCAAGAGGUGAUGCUUGGCUACUCGGACUCCGGCAAGGAUGCCGGCAGGUUUUCGGCAGCCUGGGAGCUAUACAAAGCACAGGAGGACGUAGUGGCUGCGUGUAAAGAGCACAACAUCAAAAUCACACUCUUUCAUGGACGAGGUGGAAGUGUUGGACGUGGAGGCGGGCCUACUUAUCUCGCUAUUCAAUCUCAGCCUCCGGGAUCUGUCAUGGGAUCUCUGAGAGUGACAGAACAAGGAGAGAUGGUCCAGGCGAAGUUUGGCGUCCCGCAGACAGCAGUCCGGCAGCUCGAGAUCUACACGACUGCGGUACUUUUAGCCACACUCAAUCCUCCAGACCCUCCACGCUCCGAGAACUGGCGGCUGAUCAUGGAAGAAAUCUCCGACGCAAGCUGCACAAACUACCGCGACGUCGUUUUCAAGAACGAGCACUUCAUCCCAUACUUCCACGAGGCGACUCCGGAGGCCGAGCUCGGCAACCUCAACAUUGGAAGCCGUCCAACUCGACGCAAAAAGGCGGGCGGCAUCUCCCAGCUCAGAGCCAUCCCGUGGAUCUUCGCGUGGACGCAGACAAGAUUCGUCCUCCCCGCUUGGCUCGGCGUCGGCGCAGGCCUGGAGAAAGUUUUCCUCGAGGGCCACAAGGAAGAGCUCCAGGCCAUGUACAGGGAGUGGCCGUUCUUCCAGUCGACCAUCGAUCUCAUCGAGAUGGUUCUCGCCAAGGCCGACCCGUCCAUCGCCAAGUACUACGACGACGUGCUCGUGAGCUCCGCGGCUCGCAAGGACCUGGGAGAGGAGCUCCGCCAGGCCUUCCACACGACCGCAAAGUACGUCCAGGAGCUCAGCGGCCACCAGAAGCUGAUCGAGAACAACAAGACGCUGCGGCGGCUGGUCGAGAGCCGGCUUCCAUAUCUCAAUCCCAUGAACAUGCUCCAGGUGGAGGUGCUGCGAAGAUUGCGCCAGGACGAAAACAACCAGAAGCUCCGCGACGCGCUGCUCAUCACCAUCAAUGGAAUCGCCGCUGGAAUGCGAAACACUGGCUGAGAGGAGCUACGGUACUCCUUUCUCUCGAUUAUAAAUUCUUCCUGGAGGGACUGCUUCCUUCCUUUUGCCCACCGAGUGUAUGAUAUGGACACCGAGUAUAUGAUUACAAUAAACAGGAUGUGAAAUUUUAAAUUUGAAUUUCCCGCCACUUCUUAAAGUUAAAA